CUCUCUCUUCCCUUUUUUUUUUUUUAAAGUAAAAAAUGUUCAUGUCAACUAAUGAUAAGGAACGAAAACAACAAUAUGCUGAUAUGCUAGCAUAUCUUCAAAGACAAAGAGAAGCAAAUGAGCAAAAUAAAAAAGAAAGUGAAGGAUCCAUAAAGCAAUCACUAUCUCCACCUGACAAGAAAAUCAAGACUACAUUAUCUGCAUCUAAGCCUCGUAUGACUAAACCUAAAUCCGCCUUGCCUGAUUAUGUUUUCAAUUCAGAUAAAACUUGUAAUAUGUUAGAAUUACCUUUAAGACCUGAAGUUGAAAUUCGUCCUUACCAACGUGAAGCUCUUGAAGCAAUCGUUGAUACCUCUGAUCCUGAUCCUACUAAGCAUUUCGCCCGAUCAGGUAUUAUUGUCUUACCUUGUGGUGCUGGUAAGACUUUAACAUCUAUCUUGGUUGCAUGUGCUAUACAAAAACCUGUAUUAGUUGUUUGUUCUACCAUCAUUGCUGCGGAACAAUUCUGUAAAGAAUUUUUACGAUUUACGACAUUGAUGGCAUCUAAGACCGGAAUGUUUGCCGGUGCUAAAAAAUGGCCCUAUAAUGGGCCCUCUGGUGUUCUUUUUACAACCUAUACCAUGCUUGUUGAAAAUAAGAAUCGAACUGCAGACUCUAAGCGUAUGAGCAACUUUAUUGAUAAAACUGAAUGGGGGUUAAUUAUUCUUGAUGAGGUGCAUUGUGUGCCUGCUAAUAAUUUUGCUAAAGCUAUUUCAAAAAUUAAGACUAAAGUUCGUUUGGGCUUAACAGCCACGAUGUUACGUGAGGAUGAACGUAUUGGUGAUUUGGAAACAUUAGUAGGUCCUACUUUAUAUCAUGCUAAAUGGAAAGAGUUGGCAGAUAAAGGUUAUAUUGCAAAAGUUAUUUGUACACAAAUCGAAGCAGAUAUGACACCUCAUGUACAUAAGGCCCAUGAAAGCAUACAGACACAGGGAGGAGGAUUAUUAGGUCAUGGACAUCAUCUUAAAAGUUUAUUAGCCAUUCUUAAUCCAAAGAAAAUGCAAAUCUGUCAACGCCUAAUUCAGUAUCAUGAGUUUAAAGGAGAUAAAGUCCUUGUUUAUUGUGAUCAUAUUGAUGCUCUGAAGUUGUAUGCUGAAAAGAUAAACCGUCCUUUUAUUUAUGGUGGUACUCCUACAGAAGAGGCACGCCAGCUUCUAGCUCGUUUUCAAAUUGAUGUACCUGAAACAGAUGAAGAACUCACUUGGAAUCAAGUUGCAGCCCGUAGAUCACUUAAAGCAAAACAAAUUAAUACGCUCUUUUUAUCCCGUAUUGGUGAUACUUCCCUUGAUUUGCCUGCAGCUACAGUCCUCAUUCAAGUCUCUUCUCAUUUUGGCUCUCGUCGUCAAGAAGCACAGCGUUUAGGUCGCGUCUUACGUGCUAAAAAAAGAAAUGAAAAGGGCUUUUAUUCAAGAUUUUAUACGCUCGUUACAAAUGAUACACAUGAAGUCACAUUUUCAGAGAAGCGUCGCCAGUUUUUAGAAGAAGAUUGUGGUUAUGGAUAUCAAAUUUGGAAAGUGGGUAAAGAAGAAGAAGGCGGAUGGGAAGUAGAAGCACAUCGUGAUAAUUCUAGUCCUGAUGACGAUGAAGUAAAGACUGAUCCUCUUACCUGUACUGUCAAAGGGGUUUGUACACGUCCCUAUGCCUCUGAAGAAGAAGAAAAGCAAUUGAUCCACUUUUUAACUAACCUAAAGAAUUAUCAAGUAGAAGAAGAUGAAGAGGAACUUGCUUCUGAACCUGGUAAUGUUUCUGGUGCAACUGGUUCAAAGAGAAAGCGAUAAAUAAAUAUAUAUAUAUAUAUAUAUACAUGUAUAUAUUUAUAUAGAGAGGGAGGGAGAAAGAAGGAGAGGUAUGCAUAAAUAAUGGUUUUAAAU